GAUUGACGCGUCCGGAGGCGGUUACCGCGACUAUUCCCAGUCUUCAGGCUCCGCCUCUCCAAUAGCCGGCCAUGGACAAUCCCCUCCACAGAGCGGCCGUCCACCGCGCGCUGCAGCGGAAAUCCCAGGGGCAGCAACAAGCCGAACAUCCGCGCCAGCACCUCGCCCAUGACAGGGCCGCCUCGCAACGACUGCACCUAAGUCAAUUCGAAAUCGGCCGGCCGCUCGGCAAGGGCAAGUUCGGGCGGGUCUACCUGGUACGGCACCGCGAGUCCGGCUUCAUCUGCGCGCUCAAGGUUCUCGACAAGGCGCAGAUCGCGCGGGAAAAGGCCGAGGUGCACGUGAGGAGGGAGAUCGAAGUGCACAGCAACCUGAGGCAGCCGGGGAUCCUGGGCUUCUACAACUGGUUCCACGACGAGCGGCGCAUCUUCCUCGUGCUGGAGUACGCGGCGGGCGGGGAGCUGUACCGACUCCUCCGCCGAGAAGGGCGCUUUCCCGAGAAGCGGGCGGCGCGGUACUCUGCGCAGGUGGCGGCGGCGCUGCGGUACCUGCACAGCAAGCACGUCAUGCACCGCGACAUCAAGCCCGAGAACAUCCUGAUCGGCCUGUACGGCGAGCUCAAGCUGGCCGACUUCGGGUACAGCGUGCACGCGCCGAGCAACCGGCGGGGCACGCUCUGCGGCACGCUCGACUACCUGCCGCCCGAGAUGGUGGCGGCCGGGAGGAAGAAGUACUCCGGCGCGGUCGACCAGUGGACGCUGGGCGUGCUGACGUACGAGUUCCUGACGGGGGAGGCGCCGUUCGAGGACAGUCCUGCCAUGACGACGAGGAGGAUCGAGCGGGGCGACAUGAAGCCGCUGCCGGCGUCCAUCUCAAAGGAGGCCAAGCACUACGUCCACUCGUUGCUUGUUUUAGACCCGUCAAAACGGCUCUCGUUUGACGACGCCCUCGCGCAUCCGUGGAUUGUCAAGCACUGCGGACCCAGGUGA